AUGUUUAAACACUUUCGUCGUGGUCGGGGCCGUCUCAGCCUCCCCCUCGACGAACCCGCCCUCGCGCCGCCAUCGUCGCGCAAGCAAAAGAAGCGCUUCCGCAACGUCAAGCGCCUAUCCGUCUUUGUCGUCGCCGUAACCAUCAUGGCCACCGGCUUCAUGGCCACCAAGAGCUCCUCCUUGGGCGGCUUGCGCCAGUCCUCCUGGGACGGCACCGUCACGCAAGCCCAGCUCCAGAACCUCUCCCUCCCUUCCGCAUCCCGCAACGCCGCCGGCGCCCGCCGCUUCCGCGUCUUCAUGCCCGCCGACGCGCCCCAUCUCAGCCUCUGCAAGUCCGUCAUGUCCUCGGUCGCGCUCGGCUACCCGCUCCCCGUCCUGCUGAACUGGAAGGGCGAGUUCAACCGGCCCGAGUGGCACCUCGCCGGCAGCCACAUCGCCAAGCUCGAGAGCCUGCACGCUGCCAUCGAGGCCUUGCUCGCCGACCCCCGAGGCGUCGCCCACGACGACGACCUCGCCGUCCUCGUCGACGCCUACGACGUCUGGUUCCAGCUGCCCCCGUCCGUCCUUAUCCGCCGUUACCAUCAGCUCAAUAGGGAGGCCGACCAGCGCGUGCGCAAGGAGUGGGAGGCGACCUGGGGCGAGCACACAAAUUUCCCUAUACCGCCGCCUAAGCACAACAUCCUCGUCACGGCCGCCAAGGACUGCCACCCAGGACCGCAAUCCGGCUCGGACCCGCACUACGAGCACUGGCCCAAGUCGCCCAUGCCGGAAUUUAUGUACGGUCCCGGCACCGAUCGGAUAGCCGGGCCGCUACUGGACGCGGCGCGGAAAUACAAAAAGGUCCGGCCGCGGUGCGUCAACAGCGGCAUGAUCAUGGGCACCAUGGGCGCGCUCCGCGCCGCCCUCUCGCGCGGUAAGGAGAAGAUUGCUGAGGCGGAGCGCACCGGCCGGCAGCUCUGGAGCGACCAGGCCCUGUUUGGCGAUGUCAUGGGCGAUCAGGAGCUGUGGCGGGAGUGGAUGCGGCAUCUCGGGUCGACGUGGGACGGCGCCGUCGCCGAGAGCGCGCCAUCUAGCCUGCACCGCGACGUCCGGCCCAUCGUCCGCGCCGCGCUGCAGGGCAAGAACUUUGAGUUUGGCAUCGGCCUCGACUACGGCUUCGCCACCAUCCCGCCGACGUGCUCCGCUGAGGAGGACGGCUACUUUGUGCGCCUUAACGACCACGAGCAGGUCGAGGCCGAGUCGGAAAAGGCCGGCGUCGUCGACGGCGUGCGCGUGCGCGGCGUGCCCUCGGAGCUGGCCGCCCCGAACAGCAAUGCGGCCUCGUCAUCACCCAGCAGCGCUGCCCGCGACGACGACGACGCCGCCACGUACCGUGAUCCGCUCCGCGAUAUUGCCUGGGGCGACGUCCCGCUCUAUACCGACUUCUUCUUCGGCACCACGCCCGUCGGCAUCCACCACAACGCCUACGUCGACAACCUCAAGGCCUGGCGCGUCGAGCACUGGUGGGAGCGCAUGUGGUUCUAUCCCCAGCUGCGCCGCCUCGUCUCGUCGCACCUCAUCCUCCCGCAGACGGGCUCGGGCGUCCGUCCGCUCGUCCGCAUGCCGGCCCUGGCCGCGGAUGGCACAGAGGUUGUCUACAUGCCGCCUGCAUCGGAGACGCACGAAAAGGUCGUCACCGUGUUCGAGCCGGCGGCGGACGGCGGGGAGGCCACGUUUUCCCCCAUCUCAUGGGAUGGUAUCUGCCAAAAGGGCAAGAAGCCGUGGUUCGAGGAGCUCUUUGGCGACAAGAUUGGUCCCUUGGCUCUGUAA